AUGAAGAUCCUGGUCGUGGUCUUGGUUUGCCUACACCUCUCGGAGGGUGUGGAAAGAAUCGUUCUGAAAAAAGGCAAGUCUAUCCGCCAGACAAUGGAGGAGAAGGGUGUCCUGGAGAAAUUCCUGAAGAACCACCGAAAGGAUGACCCAGCCGCCAAGUAUCAUUUCAAUAAUGAUGCUGUUGCUUACGAGCCCAUCACCAACUACUUGGAUGCUUUCUAUUUUGGGGAGAUCAGCAUUGGGACUCCACCUCAAAAUUUCCUGGUCCUCUUUGACACAGGCUCCUCUAACCUGUGGGUGCCCUCCACCUACUGCCAGAGCCAGGCCUGCGUCAAGCACAACAGGUUCAACCCCAGCCUGUCCUCUACCUUCAGAAACAAUGGACAAACCUAUACACUGUCCUAUGGGAGUGGCAGCCUGAGUGUGGUCCUGGGAUACGACACCGUGACUGUUCAGAACAUCGUCGUCAAUAACCAGGAGUUCGGCCUGAGCGAGAGCGAGCCCAACAACCCCUUCUACUAUUCGGACUUCGAUGGGAUCCUGGGGAUGGCCUACCCCAACAUGGCGGUGGGCAGCGCCCCAACAGUCAUGCAGGGGAUGCUGCAGCAGGGACAGCUCACCGCGCCCGUCUUCAGCUUCUACUUCUCCCGCCAACCAACCUAUCAGUACGGUGGGGAGCUCAUCCUGGGAGGUGUGGACAGCCGACUUUAUUCCGGUCAGAUUGUCUGGGCCCCUGUCACCCAGGAACUGUACUGGCAGAUCGCCAUUCAGGAGUUUGCCAUCGGUAACCAGGCCACCGGCUGGUGUUCCCAGGGCUGCCAGGCCAUUGUGGACACGGGCACCUUCCUGCUGGCAGUUCCCCAGCAGUACAUGGGCUCCCUCCUGCAAGCCACCGGCGCCCAGCAGGCUCAGAAUGGUGACUUUGUGGUCAACUGCAACUCAGUACAGAGCUUGCCUGUCGUCACCUUCAUCAUCAGCGGGUCCCAGUUCCCUCUGCCUCCCUCUGCCUACGUCCUCAACAACAACGGCUACUGCAGGCUGGGGGUUGAGGCCACUUACCUGCCCUCCCCCAACGGGCAGCCCCUGUGGAUCCUGGGAGACGUCUUCCUCAAGGAGUACUACUCUGUCUACGACAUGGCCAACAACAGGGUGGGCUUUGCCUCCUCCGCCUAA